AUGUCGCCGCCGAGAAAGAUCCGGCUGAGAAGAAGAAGGGAGGAGAAGAAGACCUCCGCCGCCGCCGAGAAAGAUCCGCCGAGAAAUAUCCGACCAGGAAAGAUCCGCCACCGAGAAAGCACCAAGAUCAAGACUGACAUGGAACACUCCAUUGAUGUGGGAGCAGGAGUGAUAGAUGCAGAUUACAGAGGACCAGUUGGUGUGAUUCUGUUUAAUUACUCUGAUGUUGAUUUCGAGUUGAAAAUAGGUGAUUGUAUUGCACAAUUGAUCAUUGAGAAGAUCAUAACUCCAGAUGUUUUAGAGGUUGAAGAUUUGGACUCUACUGUGAGGGGUGCUGGUGGGUUUGGUCCCACUGGUGUUUAA